AUGUCAGACGCAUUCCACCCCUACGCCGACCUCUACGUCAACCCCUCCGGCCCGGGAGACCAGCGCCCUACCGCGCUCAGGGUCGUCCAAGACAGCGGCGCAAAGGGCACAUGGGCCGGCAGAGUGGUCCUCGUCACCGGCGGCACAGCCGGCAUUGGCGUGGAGACGGUCCGGGCCAUGCACAGCACCGGCGCAGACGUCUACUUCACGGCCCGGAGCCUCGAAAAGGCCGCUGCCACAAAGGAGGACGUCCUCAAGACCACCUCGGGCAAAGGCAAGCUGGAAGUCGUCGAGAUGGACAUGGACUCGCUCGAUUCCGUCCGCAAAGCCGCCAAGGACUUUCUCGGCAGGAGCAGCAAGCUGAAUGUCCUCAUCAACAACGCCGGAAUCAUGGCAUGCCCAUACACCAAGACCAAGGACGGCUUCGAGCGCCAGUUCGCAGUCAACCACCUCGCGCACUACCUCUUCACCCGCCUCCUCCUCCCGACGCUCAUCUCCAGCUCGACGCCCGCCUUCAACUCGCGCAUCGUCAACGUCUCCUCCUCGGGACACGGCAUGUCCCCCGUCAACUUUGACAACUACAACUUCGACCAACCCGACUCCUACGACCCCUGGCUUAGCUACGGCCAGUCCAAGACGGCCAACAUCUGGACCGCCAGCUACCUCGACCGCGCGCUUGGGUCCCGCGGCGUCCACGCCCUCUCCCUGCACCCCGGCGGCAUCUGGACCGGUCUGGCUACCUACCUGCCCGACGAGGUGGUGGACUCGUGGAAGAGCGAUGAGAAAGUGAGCACGCAGAUGUUGAACCCUCCGCAGGGCGCUGCCACCUCUGUCUGGGCCGCCGUCGCACCGGUCUGGGAGGGCAAGGGCGGAAAGUACCUUACCAACUGUAGUGUUGCGAGCAAUGCAGCCGGCACCGUGGAAGUUCUGGAUCCCGGCGCGGCCCCUCAUGCGUAUGAUGUCCAAGCCGAGGAUAGGCUCUGGGAGCUGAGCGCCAAGCUGGUCGGCGUCGAAAAGGAUGUCUAA